ACAGCAAGCUUAAAGUAAUGACUGGAGGUUUGGUUGGUGAUGAUACAGGAUACUUACAUAUCCCACCAUUAGCGCAUGUACAAUGGAAGCAGAUGGGUGAGCACCGGUUUGUGAACAUGACUGUCAUGCCCAUGGUGUAUGAAGGGGGAAAACUAGAAAUGACGAUGAACACUUUGGAGUUCCGCCCUGCGUUUCAUGAAUAUCAAUAUAAUGGGAAUGCGUGUCCUGUAGAGUAUUUAACUGGUGCAGCAAACAGCAACACGAGAACGUUUAAGUUUUGGGGCCAUAUUUUAGUUCCUGAGGUUCAUCUGUUAGUUGCUACAGGUGUUACACUAUCAUUUGAGUUGCCUCAUAAAAGGGAACUAACCUGUGAAGGAAUAACGGUUCAAAGUUACGGUUACAUCAACUUUAACAGCUUUGAAGGAUUAGAAAAUGAUAAUUGGAAUGUUACUGUGACAUCUAACAAAGAAACUAGCAUGAAGUCCGGACAUGUCAAUAUUGCAAGUCAUGGACAAAUAACUGCAAGGUCAUUGACUUUAAACACUGAUGUUGUGCAUAUUGCUGCUGACGGCCAUCUUUCUGCUGAUGAAAUGGGACAUGUGAGGGGACAUGGUGCUGGAUACAACUAUGGUAGGACAAGCAUAGGAGGUUGCUAUGGUGGUAAAGGAGGUAGAAGCAAGAGCAUGUUGCAAACAUCUGAUCUAAACAACACAGUAUGGGACGGUGUAUAUGGAAGUAUAGAACAACCGGAUCUCUUUGGUUCUGGGGGGGUGGGGAACAGUUUUAUUUCAUCCUCAAGGGGCGGUGUUGGUGGUGGUUAUCUCGAUCUAACUGUUACAGUGUUGAAAGUUGAAGGAUUAAUAUCAGCUAAUGGUGGUUCUUCUAAUAGUGGUAGUGGUGGCAGUGGAGGCAGCAUAAUGGUCCACGCUACGACUGUAGAGGGCCAUGGUAUGUUGAGCACCAAUGGUGGUACAGGUUCAUGUACGUCACCAUCUGACCUUAUAUGUGGAGGAGGUGGUGGUGGAAGGAUUGCACUUAACCAUAGGAACGAUCUACGUUGGUGGAAAGGUGAUGUAACAAGUUAUGGUGGAGUGGGGACUUUCAAUUCAAACCCAGGUGGAUAUGGAGGUGCAGGUACUGUGUUAUACUCGAGGAAACAUUCAUCUGGAAAGAAGACAAUUUGGAUGGAGCUGAAAAAUAAUCGGGGUUCAAACACCAACUUUGACCUUGAGGAUGGUUUAACAUUAUUGAUCAACAUAAGCCAAGUAAAUAACACCAACACCCGAUCAAAGAGAGACGCCACUCUGCUGCCCCUUGGUGUGAAUCGUGUUAAUGUGGUUGGGGGUGCGAGAGUUACAUUACAAAGAAGUUAUGAAACUUUAGAUUCAAGAUACUUCGUAUCAGGAGAUGGUACGGGAUGGUUGCAUGUUCAAGGUGGACAAACAGUUGUCAUGCACGCCCUCAGCCAAGCAGAACCUUACAGGAAAAUCAACGAAGAUGUGUUUGGAGAAUACGGUGAAAUAAUGACCAACAUAUUUGUACACGAGGGAGGGUACCUUGUCCUACCACCAGAUACCACUUGUCGGGAUGCAAGGAUUAUUGUAUUGGGAACAAUAGCAGUGAAUAAUGUGACAGUGGCUUCAGGUUGCCAUCUUCAGUUUGGGACGACAGGAAGAAGUAGAUUGCUUGAUACCAACCAGGGCUCUGUGGAUUCUCCCCAACCUAGUGUAAAGGAAGGUGUUUUUAACUUUGUUUCCUUGAAUGUUGGAGAUGGAGGUGAAGUGUCUGCAUUCAUACAGACAGAUGAUGUAAGGAAUAACGUCUCCAUUGUGGCUGUACAAACCGUCCAUGUAUUUGGUGGAGGAAAGAUUCAUGCUGUGUCUGUUCAUAUUCAUGCAAGGAGAUUGGUAAUAGAUGACCUGGGGGUUAUUACUGGUGAUUUGAACACGAUAUCCUGCCACGGAGACCCCCAUACCUCUACUACAAAUUCUAAUGGUCAACCACUUAUUUUGACUGGGUCGGGAAAAACUGGUGCUGGUGGUUCUGGUGCCGGACAUGGUGGCAGGGGAGGCCGUGGUAGUGGGCAGCAUCAUACUGGUGGUUCUUAUGGCAGUUUGUUUGAACCAAUAAGCCAUGGUUGUUCUGGUGGUGGAGAUGGUGUAAGAGCUGGUGGUCGAGGUGGUGGGAACGUUGUGUUUAAUGUCACAAAUGAGCUACAGAUUGAUGGCUUAGUUGAAGCUGACGGUGAAAGUGUUGAGGUUGGAGCUGCUGGUGGUGGAAGUGGUGGAAGUAUCGUGUUCCAUGUUAACAACAUGCGCGGGUAUGGUGAUGUCACUGUGAACGGGGGUCAUGGCCACGCUUGUGAUGCAAACCAUAAUGAUGUGAACAACUGUAUUGGUGUUCGAACAAGUGGAAUUAAAAGUGGUGGUGGUGGUGCUGCUGGACGCAUAGCUGUUUAUUUUGCUUCCAAUAAAACUUACUCAGGAUCAUGGCAAGCACAUGGUGGGAAACCUGGUAACGUGGUUGGCAAUUAUGUUUCUUCUGAUACUACAACUGGGUAUGGUGGACCUGGAACCAUGUAUUUCUACCACACCGUGCACAAACAUACAACUUUGAUAGUUAACAACAACGGACAUGGACCGGAUAAAGACAACAAUUACAUCGCUGAUUAUUCGGACUUGAAAAAUGACGAGUCAAGAGCCUGGUUUUUGCCGACUCAUCGUAAUUCUGAUGAGUCAUCAUCACAUGAUUUUUACUUUGACGAGAUACAAGUUUGGGGAAAAGCUCACUUUGCCGUAUCACCUCUCAAUCAUACCAUCGCAGGUUCCCUGGCUGAUGUAGGAUUUGAUGCAAACAUCUACUUUGAAAAUCUAAUUGGAGACAGAACUGGUGCAAUACAUAUAGGAUCUCUUCAAAGCAUGGACCUCGAGCGUCCAUUUAUCGACCUUCCAUUCAGUGCUCAUGUAUAUAGACAUGGACACCUUGGUCUUGCACCUAUUGUUCAUGUACAUGGUGUAACUAUAUGGCUGGAUGGUGCUUUAACUCAUGUGAGGAAUAUAACGGUGAAACACCACGGUCGGUUAUGGCUAAACAGACAUGGUCGCACAGCGGGCUCAUUUGACAUUGAUGACACUUCAUACUCUGAUGAGUUAGACGGACCACAAUUUGCUGGGAAAUAUACGUUUGAUUACGUCCAUGUGAAGGACAAUGGUUACAUACACAUGAUAAGUAACCCUGUGGUUGACCCUGGCACACAAUUCAAUGUACAAGACAUGGUAGUAGAUGGCGGUGGAUUAGUUGAAGCUACACAUGUAUAUGUACAUGCUGUGAACAUCACCAUUGAUGCUGGUGGAAAAAUAUCGGCAAACAACCAAGGUUAUACUACCCAACAUGGUGCACCCAUCCAUCAAAAUGGUUCUUAUAACAUUGGGUAUCAUGGUAUUAUUAACCCAGGAAUGGGCUAUUAUGCAUCCAGCCACGCCCCAUCUGGUGCAGGUCAUGGUGGCAGUGGUGGGCAUGGUAGUGGGAAUGGUGUUCUUAAAACUGGCCAACCAUACGGCAAUCUAUAUGAACCUGAAGUAUUUGGUUCAGCUGGUGGCGGACCUAACGCUGGUUCUGGUGGUGGACGUAUAUGGUUGAACGUAACUGGCAUGAUACAUAUAGAUGGUGAAUUAUGUGCUGAUGGUGGCAAUGCUGACACCACAUCUGGUAGCAUUGGUGCUGGUGGUAGUGGUGGUAGUUUAUGGCUCCAUUCAAAUGUUCUAUCUGGUUAUGGGAUUGUAUCAGCUAAUGGUGGUAAAGGAGGAUUGAAUGGUUUUGGUGGUGGUGGUGCUGGUGGAAGGGUGGCUGUUUAUUUCAAUAAAAACAUCACAUUUAGCUCCUUCACCUUCCAUGCCCACGGUGGCCGUUGCCACAAAAGCACAAUAACCCCACCCUGUGAGGUUGGAGGUCCAGGCACCAUAUUCCUUUAUCACAACAUAGAGGACCACCGUACUUUGAGGGUGGAGAAUGGUGGGGCAAGUAUUGGGACAAGGAGGUUGUUUGCUAAACCAAGGAAUAAGUUGAUCAAUUGGGAUAAACUGGAUGAAGAUGGUGGAAGAGCUUGGAUAUUGUCGGCUAAUUCUGGCGGUCAUAAGUUUGCAAACUUUGGGCAUGAUUUCCAUUUUGAGGAACUACAGGUGUAUGGUGGUGCUCACUUAGCUGUCAUGGAUCCAAGCAAAAUACCAGCGGACCAAAUAUGGAGAUACCAGAUCACAAGAUAUUACGCACGAAAUAUUGGAGGACAAGAUAUUCUAAGUUCUCCAGCCAAUGAAAGUGAUCUACCAUCAACUACAGAGUUGCCUUUGACUGGUGUCCUGCCUGGGAAUGUAACUUUACAUUUCAAAUACUUCAUUGGAGAUAGAUCCGGCGCUGUUCACGUGGGCGAUGGCCAAACUAUGGACUUGGAGAGAUAUGAAAUAGACCUACCAUUUAGUGCUUAUAUAUAUCAUGGUGCCUUCCUUGGCUUGGCACCUAUUACCAUGGUGCAUGGGGUAGAGAUAUGGAUAUCUGGUGUGAUGGCUCAUGUUAGCAACAUGACUUUGAAGCAGAAUGGUACGGCUACUUUUAACUUCAUGGGAAGAACUGUGGAGACAAGGAAGUUACAUGAUGGAGGUACUUCACUGAAGGACUUUGACCCACAAUCGACCAUAGAUACAGCAGUUUACGUAUUCAAUAGUAUCCGUGUGCAAGAUACUGGUUUGGUAGAGAUGGUAUCUGACCCAGUGACACAGCCACGAGGUGUUGAUAUAUUUGCACACACCUUAGUGGUAGAGGGUGGUGGUGAAGUUCGUGGUCCACGUGUUAUACUGGAUGUGCAUAAUGCUACUAUUGACUCUGGUGGUCGACUGCAUUCAAAUGGGCUUGGUUACGCCAACCACCAUGAAUAUACCCAAGGAAGCAUUGUCAACAUUGGAACACCACCUGUACCAAGUGAUGUUAACAUAGGUGGAGCAGGGGGUGGCCAUGGUGGAAGUGGUGGAAGGGUUAUCAGGCAUAUAACAAGCACAAGUAGCUCAAUUACUGAUAUAAGCACCGCACCUAACUAUCACCGGCGUAUUACUGUUGAUAUUAUGAGAAGUGGUUUAUCGCAUGGGAACUUAUACCAGCCUACAUCAUAUGGUAGUGCAGGUGCUUCAUACUCGGCAAGCUGCUAUGGUGGUAAUGGUGGUGGUGUGAUAAGAAUGCUGGUGUCCAAUACAUUAGAAGUAGAUGGCACCAUAUCUUCUGAUGGUGUUGCACCUAAGCCUGCAUGCUCAAGCUCUGGUGGUGGCGCUGGUGGUUCAAUAUGGAUACAUACACAUAGACUUAAAGGGUUUGGAUUGGUGUCUUCACAUGGUGGAAAGGGAUCAAACUCACAAUCAAGUAGCAUUGGUGGUGGUGGUGGAGGAGCUGGCGGUAGAACUGCCAUAUAUUUUGUCAAGAAUGAAACUUUGAUUGGAUUUGUGGCUUACUCUUCUGGUGGAAAAGCAGGGAACACACCAAGUUCAAAGAUAAAUGGUGAAAAUGGAGGUGCUGGGACAGCCUUGCUCUACCAUAUGAUCCAUAAGCAUCGUACUCUAUAUAUCGACAACGGUGGAUUAAUGCCAUACGACUCCAACCAUUUGAUUGGCGACCCAAACCCUGCAGCAAACAACCCAGAAGACAGAGUUACAAACGGAAGGGCUAACUAUGAGGAUCUGAAAUUCACCGGGUUCGUCCAUAAUGACGGUUGUCGCACGUGGAUUAUACCUCCACCUGACUAUGUUGAUAAUGAAGAUGGAGAAGAUAGUAUUGGAGAAGUUGCUAGAAGGGGAACUGUUGAAGCUCCUGUGUUUGAUUAUAAGUUUGAAGAGAUACAGAUAUAUGGUGGAGCACAUGUAGCGAUAUCAACUGUACCUUUACACAACAAUACAAGCAACACAACCACUGAGUUGGUGGCUGAUGAUGCAAACUCCCCUGCUGAGGUUGACAUUCAUUUCCAAUACAUGAUUGGUGAUAGAACUGGUACCGUUCAUUUGAGACCAAACCAGACCAUGGACUUGAACAGAGACGAGAUAGAUCUUCCUUUCAGUGUACGAGCAUAUACUUGUUCGUAUCUUGGUUUGGCACCAAUUACAUUCAUACAUGGUGUAACUAUAUGGAUGCAUGGUGUUCUUGCAAAUAUCAAGCAACUUACAUUACACCACUAUGGUGUGCUGGCAAUGGAAAGUGGUGGGCACACUAAAGAUCAUGAGAAGAAUAACUUUCAAUUUGAAAAGCUUCGAAUUCAAGAUGAUGCAUCAGUAUAUGCGAUCACGUCACCAGAGUUCAGGAACCCUGUCAUAAAACUCAACACAAUAUCCAUUAAGAUUGAAGGAGGUGGUAAACUCCAUGCUACAUAUGGUCAUAUUACUUCAUACAACCUUACAGUGGAGGAUGGUGGAUUUAUAAAAGCUGAUGGAACGGGUUAUACAAUAUAUGAUCAUAGGAAUACAGAAACAGGUGUGAAUCUUGGCAAAGGACAUUCUGCUGCAGAUGGUUCAUCUGGUGCUGGACAUGGUGGUACCAGUGGUGUUGGUACACACCAGCAAGUUACAGGGCAACCAUAUGGGGAUCUCUAUGAACCAUUAGUGAUGGGUAGCGCAGGUGGUACCUCAUCACACAUGGAUGGUGGGAAAAGAAUAUAUACCCCUGGUGGUCGUGGAGGUGGUGUGUUGUACCUCAACAUCAGUGGUACAUUAUAUAUAGAUGGUGAAGUCACUGCACAUGGUGCUGCAGCCCAGUCAGGACGAGAUUCUGGAGGUGGCUCUGGUGGAAGCAUCCUUAUACACACUGAGAGGAUCACUGGUUAUGGUAAGGUUGCUAUAAAAGGUGGGGAUGGUUCAGGAGGUGGCGGUGCUGGUGCUGGUGGUAGGAUUGCUGUUUAUUUGAGGGAUAAUUCAACAUUUAUUGGUCGAUUUGUAUCAAGUGGUGGACGGGGUACAGGUGGUGAAUCAGGGGGACCUGGUACAGCGUUUGUAUUCCAUGCCAUACACCAUCAUAGGACACUAAUUGUGGAUAAUGACCAUCUGACUUCAAGUCGCGUGGGGAAAAUUACAUCUUAUCAAGAUACUUCGACCGAUAGUUUCAAAGCAUGGAUCAUGCCUGACAACCUUGGACACAAACUUGCAUUACAACAUCCCAACUUUGAUCCAACACCAGAAAACAACAAUGAUAGUCCAGCCAAUAGCCGUUUGGAGAUUAGUUUUGAGGAGUUCCAGAUAUUUGGGAAUGCCCAUUUGGCUGUGAUGUUGAGCAAUAACGCGAAUCUGUCGCACGUAAACGCAACAAAGAAGGAUGAAUUGUACAUCAACUUUAAGGACAUGAUUGGUGAUCGCAGUGGAGUAGUCCAUGUCGGGCCGCAACAAGAUUUAGAUUUACGCCGUCCAUUCGUUGACACACCCUUCAGUUCAUAUGUGUAUGUAGAUGGUCAUCUUGGGUUGGCUACAAGUAUUAGGAUGGAAGCUGUCUUCAUACAUUUGGAGGGAAAUUUGAGCCAUGUGGAAAAUCUAUUGAUGACCAAAGGAGCGGAGUUGCGCCUCUUUCUUACUGGCGCUGCUGACUUGGUGGGCAACUACACGGAAAACGCAAAGUUUCGGUUCCCGAAUGACAUCCGUAUAAAAGACACGGCAAAAAUUAUUGGCAAUGGACCUCCAGCCCAUGCUACUCAGUAUAAGUUAAUAUCCAACACUUUAACUGUGGAUGGUGGUGCAGUUAUCACAGCAAAGCAUAUCUUGGUUGAAGCAACCAAUAUAACGGUUGAUGAUGGUGGUUAUAUAACUACUAAUAAUGGAGGUUAUGUUGUCAAUAGAGGUCCAGCACCUGGGAAACCUCAUUUCCUCGGCCACAGUGGUGCUUCACAUGGUGGUAUGGGAGGCAGGGGUGGUUGUGAGGGUUACAAAGCAUGCAGGUUGCCAAGGAAUGAACCUUAUGGAUCACUUGAACAACCAAAGACAUUUGGAAGUGGUGGUUAUGGUGGUAGAGGUGGUGUCGGUGGUGGCAUCGUCGAGCUGCGAGCUUCCGAUGUAUUACGUGUGGAUGGUGUGGUGUCAGCCAACAGUGGUGAUGUUGUUUCAAACUCUGAUGGUUCAAGUGGAGGCAGCGGGGGAAGCGUGCUCACAUAUUCAGCUGUGCUUACUGGAUCAUGGACUGGUAACAUUCAAGCACUUGGUGGGGCUGGAGAUUUCAACAGUGGAGGUGGUGGUGCUGGUGGUAGGGUUGCCGUUUAUUACUCAAACCAGUUAUCUGACAUGCCGUACUUGGGGCAAUUCAAGGCGCAUGGCGGUCCAGUUGGUAGCAGGGCAGAGGCAGGAGCAGCAGGCACUGUAUAUGUAAAGCAUGAAGAGAGAAAUGAAGCCACGUUGAUUGUAAACAACGAUAACCAACCAAGUUUAGAUACAUGGAUGCAUAAUAUUGGGAGAAGGUUAAACUUUGCCGGAAGUUCUGGCAAAAGUGCGUCGUACAAUGUUGGCUCCUCUGGUCGACGUGUGGAGUCAAGUGUUGCAUCUUACAAUCGUGUCUACCAUAGCGACUGUAGAUACAAUCGCCCACUAGCCAACCAUGGAACAUACUACCUUCUCAGCCAUUUAUUCGAUCAGACAUUUUCUUCAUCAAACAACAGAAUCUUCGUCGCAGAUGCUCGAGCCACCACCAUCACUUUAACUUUGGGUGGAAGAAGAAAUAUAAAUCGUGUUCGAGUCGCACCUGCUUGUAAUUUCCCCUCAAAGUUUAGAAUAACUCUCGGUAUCACUGGUUCAAGAGCUGGUAUUCCUGAUUCAAGAUAUUACAACCAUGUUGGCAGCCAAGGAUUCAUUGAACCAGCAACAUAUUGUAGACCUGGAUCAUAUGUUGAUAUCGUUGUUGGACAUUUGCCUGCUGAUUACAUUAAGAUUGAGAUCGAAGGAAAGAAAAGGUUCUGUAACAACCAGUAUUUCGCUGGCUUGUCGGAGAUUGAAGUUUAUGUCGACGGCCAAACGGAAAACUCCAGAUUCUUGAACCGAGAGUUGCAGGGUGCUGCCACCUGGAUUGAGCUACCAACCAACACUGGAGGAAACUUUACAUUUCAUGAAACUGUUGUGGAUGGCCAUGGCAACUUAGCUGUCAUGUCAAGCACAAAUUCUAUGAGCAAUGAUACAUCAGACUCCCGUGUCCAUCUUGGUCACAUCCGUGGUGACUUGACUGGUGUUGUUAACAUUGGUUUCAAACAAACAUGGGGAGUAACCUCAUCAAGCAUAGACGUUCCCACCAGCUUCAACUUAUAUGAAGGGUCUUCUCUACAAAUGCCGAACACAACUUUUUUCCACCAGGUUGGCUUAAGAUCCCAUGGUGGCCAAGUGUCCGGCAUCGACAACCUGCAUGUCUUCAAUGGUGGAACAUUCCAACUACAAUCCACAGCUAAAUACGACGCUGGGUUAAACGCUGGUGCUCAUUCAAGUAACAACAAGACUUCACAAACUGUAGCGUUAUCCACAGUCAUCGUACAAAGUGGGGGGACUCUAAAACUUCAAACUCAUAGGUUAGUGUGACAUUUUAUAUAUAGAUAAA